AUGGAAUCUCCCUCGCAUCAGUCAACUCCACAGCUGGUGGAUGCCGGUCGAAGCUCUAGUGCUGCAUCGCCAGUGAAGAAGCGGAGGCAGACGCCCUGGAAGGCACUUCCGCACCGGAGACUCAGACCCACAGUGAACCGCCAUCCUCGUGUUCCGCAGUCCGGACUGGGACAGUCCCCCAGACCCUCUCUUCCAUGGAAGGCCAUCACUCCACAAGUGCGAAAGCUGCAUGCCGAACGGCAUGGAGACUUGGUAGUGUCUCGCAAAGGGACUUGGGUGUUUGGUGCUCAUGACUCAGUAAGUGGCUGGAGAGGUGUGGAUAUGCAGAACUCAAGCCCUCAACAUUACUGGAGCUAUAUCCAUAUAUUUCUCCAGAUUCCAUGCCAUACAGGACGCUGA